CGGCUCAGCCCCGCCCGAUUUGAGCGCUUUCCCCGCCAUGGACGAGGCGGACGCGCACUCUGAGGCGGAAGACGCGGCCGACGGGCCCGACGCUGAGCCAGGUGAUUCGGCUGAGGGCGACCGUGAGGACAAUGGGGCCGAAGCCCAGGGCUCCCGCAAGGAGCUGAAGCGGAAGUCCAAGGCAGAGCAGCGGGCAGAGUGGAAGGCGCAGCAGAAGGCGAAGCGGCGGAAGACCUCGAAGACCUCGAAGAGGCCCAAAGGUCCACCGCUGGAGCGCCUUCCCGGUGAGGAUGUGAAGCAGGCACGCCUGGCGCGGAAGGAGGCAGAGCUCUCGGACUUCAGACAAAGGGCGCAGAAUGGCACCACUGUGGUAUUGGACUUGGAGUGGGAGGAUUCGAUGCAGCCAAAGGAGCUGAAGAGUUUGAUUCAGCAGAUCCUGUACUGCUAUGGCGCCAACCGCCGGGCGACUCACCCGGUGCGCUUGGUCUUCUCUGGGGUGCAGGAGGGCAGCCAGACUCACGCCGGGCUCAGCAAGCAGUCUGGCUAUGAGUCCUGGGAAGUUCAGAAGCUUUCUGCGCCCUACGUCGAGGCGUUCCCCAAGGAGUCGUUGGUGUACCUCACCGCAGACGCUGAGGCGACGGUGCAGAGUUUCGACCCCUCCAAGGUCUACGUCAUCGGUGGCAUCGUGGAUCGGAACCGCCUCAAAGGCCGCACCAUGCAGAAGGCCCUGGACCAGGGCAUCGCGUCGGCACAGCUGCCCUUGGCGGAAUACAUCGAGAUGGGUUCCUACAGCAGGGUGUUGACGGUGAACCACGUGAUGAACAUGGUGUUGGACCACCAGGCCAGCCAGGAUUGGCGCGGCGUUUGUGAGCGCUGCGUGCCGGGGCGAAAGGUCAUGGCGGAGGCAGACGUGGAGUCAGCCGGCUGAGC